AUGGAAGUAGCUACAAGACUUCAAAUUUCGCCUGCAAGUGCCACACCUCCUAAUUGUGAUCCAAUUCCAUACCAUCAACAAGAAGACCAGCUCCAUUUCUUGCAAGGCCGGCACUAUGGGCUGCAAGGCGAGAUCAUGGCGUCCGCUGUCAUCCUCAUUUUUGCGAUUUUCCUUCUCCUUCUCAUUGUUUUAAUCUGUCUCAGGCGAAGGAAUCAAGCGAGAGAGAUGACUUACAAUUACAGUGUUGACCAAGGAAAUGAGAUAAGGGACUCUCAUUGA